AUGGGCUUUCCAUAUCAUUUCAUCGAUCUGGAUGACGAGCAACUCCAGCGGCGGCGAAACUUACUCGACAACUAUGGUCAAUUUGCUCAGCUUUCCAUUCUCUCACUGCCAUUGUUAUAUCAGCUUUCCAGAGGCAUCAAGCUUCUAGGAAGCAGACUGAGCCGAAGAAGGGAUUAUCAGCCCUUGAAAGAACAACGAAGCCCGGUUCCUUUCAAUAGGCAGCAUGAGCGAGCGACGGUCUCAAUUUGGUCCUGGAGAAGACUGAAGUGGUGGUUAGAUACCGAGCUCGCUCCAGGCUGGGAAACCCGAAAAGAAUGGCUAUUUGCUAUCUUAUGGAUGGCCUGGCUCCUUUUUCUCGUCACUAAAGACACCGGGGAUGAUUAUCUCCAUAUCACCAAACGCUUCGGCAUCGUUGCCGCCUCUCAACUCCCACUCCACUAUCUCCUCGCCACAAAGUCCUGGAGCCCAAUCCAAUAUCUCACCCGGAUGUCCCAUGAGGAAUUAAACCCCUAUCACCGUCUCCUCGGCCGCAUAAUCAUCUUGCUUUUCGCUUGCCACGCUUCUUUCUACCUAAACUUCUACAUCCAAAAAGGCCUCCUCCUGAAGCGUAUUCAGGACUGGGACGUAAUCCUAGGCCUCACAGCCAUCACCUCUUCCGCUCUCCUCUUCACCACCGCCUUAGCCCGAAUCAGAGACUGGAGCUACAGACUCUUCUUCUACCUCCAUGUCGCCCUCGCUUCCCUUCUCCUCCCCGUCCUCUACUUCCAUGUCACUCACCUAAGACUAUACGUCAUAGAAUCAGCGCUCGUCUUCAUCGGCCUAGUCAUCCAGCGGAACAUUUUCCAAUCCACUGUUCAGGCCACUAUCAGUCGCAUCGAGCACACGAACCUUCUCUCCGUCAGCAUCCCUCUCCCUCCAUCUUGGAGACACAAGUUGUUUGUGCCAGGCCAACACAUUUAUAUCGGCUUCGCCUCUCUCCCCGAAAAGCUACGGAAGAACCCUUUCACUAUCGCUUCUCCGCCUCCGACGAAGCAAUCGCGCUCUCAACCCCACAGCAACUCUAUCGAACUCGUCAUCCGCACUCUCAAAGGCUCGACUGCGAUUCUUGACGCCCUCGCCUCACCGCAGAAACAGCCAUCUAACACCACAGAGUUGACUAUCGAGGGGCCCUACGGGUCUACUACAUACUUCCCACCUCUAGAUAGCUUCGAUAGAAUACUAUUCGUAGCGGGCGGGGUGGGCGCAACCUUCACUCUACCGAUGUAUCUACACUCACUGGGCGGCGAAGAGAGGGAAAGCAGAGGAGGGCCAGACAUGAAGUUUGUAUGGGCUGUGAGGAGGGCUGAGGACGCGAAGUGGGCGAUGCCGAGUUUGAAGGAAGGCAGGGGCGAUGCUAGGAUCUUUAUGACUGGCAGCGAGAGUGAAGGCGCCGAGGGCAUUGAGUUGCAGGAGCAAGAGCUGGAUGUAGAUGAUGAAGGAAAAGGUCUGCUGGAGAAGGGACGGCCAGAUUUGAGAAAUAUUGUAGAUGGAACCUUUGAGCAUGAUCCGCAUGAGAAGGUUGCAGUGUUUGUGUGUGGGCCAAGAGGCAUGGGUGCGAAUUUAAGGAGGGAGGUGGGACGGUGGGUAAAAGGAGGGAGAGAUGUAUUUUGGCAUAGCGAAGAAUUUGGGUGGUGA